AUGCACUUUGCAUUUCAGAUUUUUCUGUUCACCUUGUUGACCAACUUUGGUUCACUGACUUGUGCGAUUGUUACGACUACACGAAAAUUCUUUACUGUCCUCGCCUCCAUAAUAAUCUUUGGCCACAUAAUGACGCAGCAACAAUGGCUAGGAACGAUACUUGUCUUCAGUGGUAUAAUUUUGGAUCAGUACUACAGCAAAUCGAAGGUGGUCGACAAGGAAAAAGCGCCGGAUGGUUCUGUAAAACAGAAACCUGUAUUGACUUCCGUGCAAAAAGAAAACAAAAGAAAAUGA